CGGCCGGGCCGCCCAGGCGCCCCCUCUCCUUCCCUAACGGCCCGCGUCCCGGCCGAGGCCUCCCUUCUGCUGCAGUGAGGGGUCUGCCCCGCGUCCCGAAGUCACCGAGGGCCGGGCCUCAGCUCUGCGUCCACCUCUGUUCCCAGCUGCAUAAUAUUGCACUGGGCAGAUACACCGUCAUUUAUUCAGCCGCUGUCCUAUGUAUGGGCACUUAUGUUGUUCCCCACAUUUUGCAAUGCCGUCAUCGCCGCAUUGAAUAAUCUCCCACCUAUGUGUUUGCUUACCGUCAGGAGCAUAUCUUCAGAGUAAAUUCCUAGGAGUGGGAUUGCCGAGUCAAAUCGCUUCCCAGAGGAGGCUUGCUUCUGCUUCUGCAGGCGCCCAACCCAGGACCUCCUUCAGCUCCGCCGAGGGUUUCAGCUGAAAACAGGUUUAAACAUCGUUUCCCACCUUGCUGCCGUUCCAAGAUGUUGCGAGAAAGCAGCUGCAGGGUGAAGCACAGACCCCCCCACCUUCCCAAGGAAUUGAACAAGCCUACGGCACGAGAGCGCUCCGAUUCCUGGUCUCUGGAGAGGCUGUUGCGCAGACUGAGGGCCAUGGAAGCCAACCAGGAUGACAAGCUGGCCCGCGUCCUGCGUGCGCUGGGGGAGUUCGGCGCGUUCCAGCGGAGGCUGGUGGUCCUCAUCCUCAUCCCAAACAUCCUGCUGGCCUUCCUCACCUUUGCUGACUUCUUCGUGUUCACAGCCCAGAGGCCCUACUGCAAUACCAGCUGGAUAUUAGCGGUGGGGCCCAACCUCACAGAGGCUGAGCAGAUGAAUCUGACCCUGCCUCGAGGGCCCGAUGGAAGUUUCCAGACAUGCCUCAUGUACCUGCCGGUAGCCUGGGACCUGGAUUCUAUCAUCCGGUUUGGCCUCAACUACACGAAGUCCUGCCAAGAUGGGUGGAUCUAUCCUGACACCAAGAAGCGGUCACUGAUCAAUGAGGUGUGGCUUGUCCUGAGCUGUCUGCAGCUCCCCCACAGGCCCAGAGAUGUGCCCCUCACUGAACAGUUUGACUUGGUGUGUGGCAAGGAACAGAACUCGGAAAGCGUGCAGACCAUACUCACGGCGGGCCUCCUCAUAGGGUCUCUCCUCUUCGGGCUCAUAAGUGACAAGCUGGGCCGCUGCCCCACCCUCCUGGUGUCGCUGCUGGGGCUGAUGGUCUUCGGCUUCGGGACGGCCUUCGUCAACACCUUUAACCAGUACCUGUUCUUCCGCUUCGGCGUGUCCCAGGCCCUGGUGGGCUACACCAUCAGCAGCGUGUCUUUAGCCACCGAGUGGCUACUGACGGAGCACCGGGCCCAUGCCGUCAUCCUGGAGCACUGCUUUUUCUCCGUGGGAGUCUUGUUGCUGACAGGGCUCGCCUACAGCCUCCCCCACUGGCGGCUGCUGUUUCUGCUGGGCGGGGCCCCUGCGUUCCCCCUCAUCUCCUACAUCUGGCCUCCGACGCCCACCCUCCCGCUGGGGGCCUCGGCCUCUAAGAGCGGGCUGGGGGCGCGCAGGGCUCUGCCGGAGUCCCCGCGGUGGCUGCUGAUGAAGGGGAGGCUGGAGGACGCCAAGCGCGCGCUGUGCCACGCGGCCGACGUGAACAAGACGACCCUUCCCUUAAGUCUGCUGGACAAGCUGCAGCUGCCCAGGAAGAAGAAGGCCAAGGCGUCUAUCCUAGACUUCUGCGGCAACAGGCACCUCCGCAAGGUGACCCUGGUGAUGGGCUGCGUGUGGUUUGCUGUCGGUUACAGCUAUUUCACCGUGUGCCUGAAGCUGAAGGACUUUGGCAUGAACGUCCACCUCAGAUACGUGAUCCCUGGCAUCGUGGAGGUGCCCGCCCGGCUGUGCUGCGUCUUCCUCCUCGAGCACGUCGGGAGGAAGUGGAGCCUGUUGGCGACUCUCUUCCAAGGCUCCCUUAUGUGCUUGCUCGCCCUCACGCUCCCCUCAGAGCUGAAGUCCAUAAUGGUCCUGGUGAUCGCUCUCGGGGAGUUCAGCCUGGCGGCCUCGGCCAGCGUGUUCUUCAUCUACACCGCAGAGCUGCUGCCCACGGUCCUCAGGGCGACAGGUCUGGGGCUGGUGUCCCUGGCCUGGGCAGCCGGAGCCGUCUUGUCCCUGAUGAUUAUCAACCAGACACCCACCGUCCUGCCCACCCUCGUCUGCUGCGUCUCGGCAGUCCUGGCCCUGUUCCUCUGCUCCCUGCUGCCGGAGACGGAGGAGGAGCCCCUCCCCGACAUGCUGGAGCACUACCCCCUGCAGACAAGCUUCUUCAGGAACAUGACCGAGAAACUGGUCACCGAGGAAGCGGCCUUCAAAGACGGGACUGACGACGUGGUGAAGAACACCAUUCUCAACUCCAUGACCCUGAACCUGGACUCGGACACAUCUCUGCAGGACGGAGCAGAGGACACCCGGGACGGCUGAGGGCCAGGCCCCCAGACCGUCUCGACGGCAGCCCAGUGGCUGGGCACUGUGGACUCCAGGGCACGGCUUCCAGGGGCCCAGUCCAGCCUGGG